AUGAUUCAUCCAAUCGCACAAAUAUCCUGCUGGAUUGUUGAGGACUCUUCGGAAGAAUAUAAACCUCCAGUCAUAUACGACCUUGAUGAUGUUCAAAAGCAACCCUAUCUAGUAUAUGUACGAGACUGCCAGUCUCUUGAAGGUACAUAUGUCAACGAAACCUGCAUUGGUAAUAAAGAGAAAGGUACCGCCCACGGAUUUUAUAUUAGUCGAAAUGUUGUAGUUACUGUUAAGCCUUACUGGAAAUUUCGCAUCUCGCUUUUAUAUCAUACCGAGUUGAAAUACCCUUUGAACUCAAUUCAACUCAAGGAGUCAACUCUUUUUCGCGAUCGAUAUAUCAUUACCGAACGAAUUCUAGGCCGUGGGGCCUUCGCGAAAAUUCAUUUGGCUGUCGACGCGAGAACCGGGAAACAGCUUGCUUGCAAAAUCCACGAUCUCGAUCGUCUUCGUCGACUAGCACCCUCUCAUGAUUUAAUCCGACGUAUUAGGGAUGAGACUGAUAUACUCGGAAAGCUGAAGCAUCCUAACCUUCCUAUAUUCGAAUAUGCAUUCCACUCAGCACACACUUUCUACACCUUUAUUGAGCUUGCAACAGGCGGUGACCUCUUUUCCAUGCGCCUAACACGAGGAACUUUCGAGGAGCAAGAUUGUAAAUUCGUCAUUCGGCAAGUCGUAAAUGCCAUUUGUUAUCUUGGAGGCAUUGCACAUCGCGACCUAAAGCCCGAAAACAUAUUCUUUGCUACAGGACCGGAUCCUACAGGCCGCGUUAUUGUUGGUGACCUCGGAUUCGCAAAAUCUACUGCAUCAGGCCGUAUGGCUAGUCGAGUAGGUACUGACCAGUAUAUGGCACCCGAAGUUGAAUAUGGUGGGACACAUGGUCUAGCUGUGGACAUCUGGUCCCUUGGUAUGAUUGUGGUGUUCCUUCUAGCGCCAGAUGAGAACGCUGUUCCGAGUAGCGCCAUGAAAAUAAACCAAGCGGCAAUUACCGGAUGGCUCGACAGCGUAUUCGAAGACCCAUCUCAACAGAGGAUAAGUUGGAAGCAUCCAAAGCGAAACAUCAUUCUUGGUUUCAGCAGCAACCAGACAAGCAACAAUUCAAAUUUCGCAUGA